UGUGAAUGGCAACACCCGUCAAAUUAGCGUGUGGCGUGAAAAAAUAAAAAAUUCGAUUGUUUGCUUAAUUUGUGCAUUCAAAAGCCUAAGAAAGAAACUUGCAACGCGCUCAAAAUGAUGCUUUUUAUGCUGCUUUUUAGCCGGCAGGGCAAGCUGCGCCUACAGAAAUGGUACAUGGCCUAUCCUGAUAAAGUAAAAAAGAAAAUCACACGAGAAUUGGUCACAACAAUACUGGCCCGGAAGCCAAAAAUGUGCUCGUUUCUGGAGUGGAAAGAUUGUAAAAUCGUCUACAAGCGUUAUGCCAGCUUAUAUUUUUGUUGCGCCAUCGAGCAGAACGACAAUGAACUGCUUACGCUGGAGAUCAUUCAUCGCUACGUCGAACUGCUUGAUAAGUAUUUUGGCAGCGUAUGUGAGUUGGAUAUAAUUUUCAACUUCGAGAAAGCAUAUUUUAUACUGGACGAGCUACUUAUUGGUGGCGAAAUCCAAGAGACUUCAAAGAAAAAUGUGCUUAAGGCAAUUGCCUCACAGGAUCUGCUUCAAGAGGACUUCAAUGAGUAUCUGAACUAAUCAAAAAAUAAAUUUAAUAUGAACACCACAGCUCCAUUCUGUACGGUUAUAUACUAUACAUUUUCCAACAUAUAGACACAACUUAUAAAAUAAACAAGAAGGAACAUAACAAGUUAGAGAGCUGCAGUAUAUUGCCGGCUUUUAUAGAAGAGAAAGGCAUAUGUGCGUUGAAAGCAUAUGAAUAAUGUACUUAUAAAUCCAUGAUUUUUUUAUAUCCUGGAGCCAAUUUUUUCUGGGAGCAUAAAAAAUAAUCAAUUAAAACAUCAACAUUCAGUGAAGUUUCGUUGCUAUGCAGCUGUAAAUAUUGCAAGGCUUUACCCCAUACGGUCCACAGAAAUAAACGCUAGUUUUUAUUGCGCUAACCGCUGCGUCUCGCCCGCCUCGAACAACCUGCUCGUUUGCCCGCGCUCUGUUCUCUGUUUCCUAUGUUUUGAGCUACGACUAAUUUGAAAACAAAACAACAACAUUAAAACCACAAACACACCACAUACUGUGCCGUUUUCUCUACUUUCGUUUCCUAACCAACACUUUUGUCCACUCACUCAUACACGACUAUUCUAUCUCUUGAUCUUAUUGUUCUUAUUCUCUGUACUCCAGGAUGAAGCUGUUGAGGGCACUUUAAGAGACAUUGGACUACUCUAAAAGAAUGCAAUAGAGAUUAGUUGAUCUUACACACACGCACCUAAACGCACACAAGUCCACACGUAUACACGUACACACUCGUAUAAAUGUACUUAAGUAUAAAGUAGCAGCAGUCUGAAUCGUGUGCAGGCCUAAAAUUAUUUGCAUUAACGUAGUGAAAUGUAUUUUUGUGGUCACGCACUUAACAUCAAAAACACACCCCACACAAUACGUAAAUGUGUAUAGACUCUAGAGCGCUGUAUUGCAUUGCCAAAAUACUAGUAUACACAAACUCUUUAUUUGAUUUACACAAGAACCACAUAAGUGCAAUUACAUUUACAUACCGAGGCUAAACUUUCACAUUAAUCUAAUAACUGGCAUUUCAUAAUCGGCCGGCCACCAGGCACUGCGACGUCUUUGUACAAUAAAUCAAUAUACCAUCUUUAGUUAAAGUAUUUUGGAAAAAGUUCAUGCAAGACGCUAAUACCUGAUAACUAAAACAAAAUACAAAAUGCAUAUAGAUCCAUCAAACAAAUUUGUUCCGUUACUAAUUAAUUACUUCAUUCCAAAAAUGUUUUGUGAAAAGCAAUAGAGUACUAAGUAUCUCAACUUGGGCAAUAAUUAUGUUAUUUAAUUUAGGGGAAAAUGCAAUAUCACACAUGGUAGAAAGUAAGCUUUAAUCUGAGAACAAAUAGAGGAAAAAUGAAAUCAAAAAUGUAAAACUUUUUAGCAGUAGUUUAUAAAUAACUAUUCUACUUAAUAUAUAAAUAUAUAUCUUUGUAUAUGUGUGUUGUAUAUUUUAGCGAAUUUCUGUGUCUUGUAAUCAAUAAAAACAACAAAUAUUUUUUGGGAAAUAAACAAAAAACAAACUA